AUGUAUGAUUUGAAAACAGAUGAUGGGUUGGCAGUCUUCGAUGGACAUUUGAAGGAUUUUUCAUAUGCAUCCGGAUAUACACCAUCUGGCGAUGAUCUGCAGCUGUUCAGGUUGCUCAACUCAGAACCAGCUAUGAAAUAUGCUAAUGUUUUGCGAUGGUACCGGAAUAUAGGAAGUUUCAGCGAUGAGGAGCGAAAAUCAUGGCCCACUCCGAUGACUUCUACUAACGGAGUACCCAAGAAGGAAGAGCCUGAAGAAGACCUUGAUUUAUUCGGUUCAGAUGAUGAUGAUGAUGAUGAAGAAAAAGCACGCAUAACCGCUGCACGACUGAAGGCAUAUGAGGAAAAAAAGGCAAAAAAGCCAGCUGCGAUUGCCAAGUCGAACAUUAUUUUUGAUGUGAAGCCAUGGGAUGAUUCGAUUGAAAUGGCCGAUAUCGAGAAGAAUAUUAGAACGAUCGAAUUAGAUGGACUUGUUUGGGGAGCGGCAAAAGUUUUGCCUGUGGCUUAUGGCAUCAAAAAACUUCAAAUCUGUUGUGUGGUGGAAGACGAGAAAGUAUCUUCGGAUUGGUUAGAGGAGCAAAUUGUGGGUUUCGAUGAUUUAGUGCAAUCGGUUGAUAUUGUAGCUUUUAAUAAAGUAUAA